AUGAGCAGCAAGAAGAAGUCGUCUUCGUCUUCGAAGAAAGCGAAGGCCUCGAUGACCGAUAUAGAGGACUACGAUUCCGAUGAAUCGACUUCGUCCAGGCGCAGCAUCUCGUCAUCGGCCUCGGCCUCGGGCGAGAAGAAGAAGCGACGCGGUCUGCGUGGCCUAUUCUCGAGGAGGAAGAAGAACAAGGACAAGGGCGAGGGCUCGAUGACCGACUACGAUGAAUCGGAAUCGGAGUACAGCGAAUCCGACACCGACUCGGUAUCGUCAUCUCGAUCGCGAUCGCGACGUGGCAGCACAGAGAGCACGCGUAGCACGAGCAGCACGGCGAGCAAGAAGGAGAAGAAGGAGGAGAAGAAGCGAGAGAAGGAGGAGAAGAAGCGGGAGAAGGAGAGGGAGAAGGAGGAGAAGAAGCGGGAGAAGGAGAGGAAGAAGCGACUCAAGCGAGAGUCCUCCAGCGCAUCCCUCGGCACACCCGAAACUGGCGGCGAGAAGUCGAAGAGGCGGUCCAUCUUGGGAAUCAAAAAGAAAAAGAAGAAGGGCAGCGACGGUGACAGCUACACCGACUACAGCGACUCGGAGAACGGCUCUGAGAUCGGCGACUCAGAGUCUGAGUUCGACAGCGACAGCGACGGUGAUCGGGGCAAGAAGGGACGAGGAAGCAAGAUCUCGUCUCAUCGAAAGGGUCGCCAGGACUCUGAUGAAGACUACGGCAGACGAGCAAAGAGCAAAAGCCCCCGAGGCGGCUAUGGCGGCGGCGGUGGUGGUGGCGGCUACGGGCGUGGCGCCUACGAUGACGACGAUGACGACGACUACCGCCGAGGCGGUGGCGGCGCGCGGGGACGAGGAAACAGCGGUGGUGGCCGGGGCAGCUACGAAGGCGGCGGCGGACGAGGCGGCGGCGGAGGCGACGACGACGAUGAGUUCAUUCCGGCCGAGGUGCUGCGGCUCGAGGACGGCAGCGAGAAGGUGCUGAACGACGGUUCGGGCGGGCGAGGCGGCGGUGGUUAUGGCACGAUGGACGAGCAGGUGCCCAAGGAGCAGCUGCGGCUCAACGACCGGGACUACGAGGAGGCCAUGAAGUUUGCCAGCGAGGCCACCGCGCUCAUGUCAGGCCGCAAGACCUGUACCUACUGCCUCCUCUCCUGA